AUGGCUUUAUGUAUGACAUUAAAACGUUCAUUUGAACAUGAUCGAGACUCGAAUACAAAUUCUCCCCCAUAUGAAUCAAGGGCAUCUUCAUCAUCGAAACGUCAACGUCGUUGUUUUCCAAUGACAGUUGUAUCACCAUCGAAUGAAACAUCAGCAACAACAACAACAACUGAAAUGUCUUUUGGAAAUCAAUCUGUAUUUCCAGAUAUUCAACCAAUUCUUACAACUGAUGUUUUAUUAACUCGAAUAAAAGAAGAAGUACGCCGUCUUCAGCGACGUCAUCAAUUAAAAACUUCUUCUUCAUCAGAAUUAAAUGAUGAUGAUAGUAAUAAUUAUUCAACAGAUUCCACAUCUUUAAUUAAUUUACCUGGACAUAAUAAUCAACAUCUUUUAACACUUAAACAAGUGAAUAUGAUUUGUGCUCGAUUAUUAAAAGAACGUGAAGAAAAAGUACGUGAAGAAUAUGAUCAAAUAUUAUCAAAUAAACUUAAUGAGCAAUAUGAAGGUUUUGUUCGAUUUACUCAAGAUCAAUUAACACGACGAUUUUCUGAAUUACAAUUUUCUUAUGUUUCAUAA